UAGGGUUACAGUCCAUUUAUGGGAGCAGCCGAGGGCAGAUAUCAGUGUCGAUGCCAUUCGUUCCCAGCUAUUCUUAGGAGCCUCUCAGGAGCUCCACCAGCCUGGCCAGACAGCAAGGGACAGAGCAGAGACUGCCGCUGUCAGCACCAGCAUGUCUUACAGCGUGACCCUGACCGGGCCCGGGCCCUGGGGCUUCCGUCUCCAGGGAGGCAAGGACUUCAACAUGCCUCUCACUAUCUCCCGGAUCACACCGGGGAGCAAGGCCGCCCAGUCCCAGCUCAGCCAGGGUGACCUCGUGGUGGCCAUCGAUGGAGUCAACACAGACACCAUGACCCACCUGGAAGCUCAGAACAAGAUCAAGUCUGCUAGCUACAACCUGAGUCUCACGCUGCAGAAGUCAAAACGCCCCAUCCCCAUCUCCACAACAGCACCCCCGGUCCAGUCCCCUCUGCCGGUGAUCCCCCACCAGAAGGACCCCGCUCGGGACAUGAACGGCAGCCCAGCGGCACUCAACCCCAACCCUGAGGCGAGGGCGAGUCUGGGCACCCCGGGCACCCCGGAGCUCAGGCACACCUUUAGCUCCUUCUCCCAGACCUCCGUCUUCUCCUCACACACGGAGGCCUCUGAGCCCGGCCCUCCGCGGGGCAGCCCAGGGGCCAAGACCAGCCUGGAGGGAGCCCUGGACUCACUCAGCCCGAAAGCCCUGCAGGGCUCAAGCCAGCCAAGGCAGUAUAACAACCCCAUUGGCCUGUACUCAGCAGAGACCCUGAGGGAGAUGGCUCAGAUGUAUCAGAUGAGCCUCCGAGGGAAGGCCUCAGGUGCUGGACUCCCAGGAGGGAGCCUUCCUAUUAAAGACCUUGCCGUGGACAGCGCCUCCCCCGUGUACCAGGCCGUGAUUAAGAACCAGAACAAGCCAGAAGACGAGGCUGAGGAGUGGGCCCGGCGCUCCUCCAACCUGCAGUCUCGCUCUUUCCGCAUCUUGGCCCAGAUGACCGGGACAGAAUACAUGCAAGACCCUGAUGAAGAAGCUUUACGACGGUCAAGCACCCCUAUUGCGCAUGCUCCAGUGUGUACCAGCCAGGCCGCCACCCCGCUGCUGCCCGCUUCCGCCCAGCCGCCUGCUGCUGCCCCUCCCGGGGCCGCCUCGCCACCCCUGAGUGCAGCCACUGCCCAUGCUGCCACCGCCUCUGCCACAGCCCCUGCCUCAAGCCCUGCGGACAGUCCAAGGCCCCAGGCCUCUGCCUACAGUCCCGCCAAGGCGACCUCUCCAGCACCUGCCACUCAUACAUACAAUGAGGCUUCAGCUGCCCCUGCGCCCAAGCCCCGGGUUGUCACCACCGCCAGCAUCCGGCCUUCUGUCUACCAGCCAGUGCCGGUGUCCACGUACAGCCCAUCCCCAGGGGCCAAUUAUAGUCCAGCUCCCUACACCCCCUCGCCUGCCCCCACCUACUCCCCUUCCCCGGCUCCAAGCUACACCCCCUCACCAGCCCCAAGCUAUAACCCUGCCCCCUCAGCGGCCUACAGCGGGGGCCCUGUGGAGUCUGCCAGCCGUCCCCCAUGGGUGUCAGAUGACAGCUUCUCUCAGAAGUUUGCCCCUGGCAAGAGUACCACCUCCAUCAGCAAGCAAACCCUGCCCCGAGGGACCCCUGCCUACACCCCUGCGGGGCCCCAAGUGUCUCCCCUGGCCAGGGGCAUCGUUCAGCGGGCUGAGCGUUUCCCAGCCAGCAGCCGGACUCCGCUCUGUGGCCACUGUAAUAACGUCAUCAGGGGCCCCUUUCUGGUAGCCAUGGGCCGUUCCUGGCACCCAGAAGAGUUCAACUGUGCCUACUGCAAGACCUCCCUGGCGGACGUGUGCUUCGUAGAGGAACAGAACAAUGUGUACUGCGAGCGCUGUUACGAGCAGUUCUUUGCCCCAAUCUGUGCCAAGUGCAACACCAAAAUCAUGGGGGAAGUGAUGCAUGCGCUGAAACAGACAUGGCAUACCACCUGUUUCGUCUGCGCAGCUUGCAAAAAACCCUUCGGGAACAGCCUCUUCCACAUGGAAGACGGGGAGCCCUACUGUGAGAAAGACUAUGUCAAUCUGUUCAGCACCAAGUGUCAUGGCUGUGAUUUCCCCGUGGAGGCCGGUGACAAGUUUAUUGAAGCCCUGGGACACACCUGGCAUGACACCUGCUUCAUCUGCGCAGUCUGCCACGUGAAUCUGGAGGGGCAGCCUUUCUACUCCAAGAAGGACAGACCCCUGUGCAAGAAGCACGCACACGCCAUCAACGUGUAGGGAGCCCGGAGCGUCUGAUGCGGACAGGCCGGGAGCCGCUCCUGCCGCUGGCAACAAAGGAUUCAAGGAGGCUGAUGUUUCUUUUGGGGGAAAGGGGGAAAGACAGGAAGCUACUGAGCCCUUUUGAAGUAUAAUUUUAGUCCUUCCUUCUGCACACAGAUCGUGUAUUUGCAUAGUUCAGACUAGAAGCCAAAUGAAGAUUCCUCAACCAAGCUAGUAAUUAAUCCAAGGCUGGAGUGGUAAUUCAAAUGUUCAGAACAGAAUUCCAAGAACUCCAAAGUGAAAAACAAAAAAAGUCAUGUUCUCGAAGUGACACCCUUCCCUGAGGUCACCAGAGCAGGGACAGAGCUCAGGGUGCUGUUGGAGACUCUGGAGCAUGCUGUGGAGUUCUCUAGAGCUUGUCUGGCAAGCAGACCCAAGUGCCAAACAGUACUCACUGUGGGGUAUUUUUAGAGCCAUAGCUGAGGGCUUGUUAGCUGAGACCGAUUGGGCUUUCCUCGCCAAAAAAGGAAGUGUUAUUCCGUUACUAGCGUCACGGAGCCACCUCUGCGCAUCAGACUUCAGACCUGGAACAGAGUUGAGCGUUCCGAGGGAGUCCAGGCGUCUAGGAGGUGCCUUCUGGGAGCCGCGGGGCGGUUGACAGGGCUUUAGGAAGGGCUCUGGCUCACGUCUAAGACAUCCUAUGUCCCCAGAAGGUUGAGCUCCUUUUUGAAUUGUGAUGGGAAAGUGGAAUUGGGUUUUUCCAGUUUUGCUUUGCUGUGUGUGAAAGGAGAUUUUAAAGCGACUCUGGGUUGCGUCUAGCCUUUGUUUUGCUUUAUGAAGUUCGUGAGCAUGAAUGUCCAGGCUUAUGCAUGUUUUUCUCUCCCAAUCCUGGGACGGCUCACUUAUGAAGUCUUCCUCAGCACCCCUUCCCCCAACAGGCGUGAUGACCUGUGGACAAGAAGAGAGAGACGGUGUCUGAAACAGGAUGGCAGACUAGGCUGGGAAUAUGCCCGAACUCUGCAUGGGGAGAGGAGCCUUACUUUCUGCCAGCCUCAGUAAGAAUGCCAGUGUUGGCAGCACCUCCCACCUCAGACCUGCACCAAGCUUCUCAAGGGUUCCUUUCAAUGCAGUGCACUGAUUACGUGCCGUGGUGUCAACUGUUGGGAGGAGAAGAGGGACUGAUAUGGUACUCAUUUGCCAUUCAGGCCCAUAGUUUGACAAUGGAUGAGCUGAGUUGAUCUAGAACUUGUUUAAGUACUUAUUGAAAUAGUCUUGGGUCUUCAAACUUCUUUGAACAUUAGUGAUAAUUUGAGUUAAGUAAGCAUUUUCAAGAUGUUAGGUGACAAAGAGAGAAGCUUAGUUUCUGAGCCUGGAAAUGGUACAUUCUCUUUCCCUUCAGGAAGCACUGUUAUUAUGCUCAUGGAACAAGGCAUGGAAGCAGGCAGUCUGAGGGGGAGUUUUUCACUUGAACACAAUAGUUAGGCACUCUGCCAACUCACUGCUACUCUCUCCUCACUCCUGUUUUGGAUUUUUCUCUUUGCAUGUUUUACGAGAAUACAUUAGAACAUUUUUUUUCUUCUGAGAACUGAGGCUUCCAGGGGACUGUCUUUCUCCCUGAGUGUGUUCCUUCUCCGUGAGGGAGAAGGAAGCAGCAGGAUGCGGCCCUAGCAGGAGGCCCGUGUUUUUUUUCCAAGGGUGAAGCUGUGUCUCGUACAUAAUUGUGCUCUUGCCACCGGGCCCUUCUUUACCUGUGGUGCAGUAAGAAGGUGAAUCUAAAGUACCAGACAGUAGAAUCUGCUGGGAGUGACUGGAGAUUUUUCAGGAGUUGCAAACAAGUACCUUGGAGCAUUCUGUUAUUUUUGGAAAGUUCAAAUAUAUAGGGAUAAGGAGGUUGUUGGUUGUAAAGAAAAGCUCUAGACAGGUUUUUUCUUAAAGCAAAAAUGAAAACAAAAACACGUUUUCAGGGACUGGUCUAGAGGAAAGGAAAAACAGUUCCCAAGGGUUAAGUUUCCAAAAAUAUCUUUUAAAAGGAGUUAGGCGCAAAUGGACGCACACAUGCCCGUGCAAUCAUUAAAAAAGUACAUGAUCAUUAAAAAGAAAAGUGAAGCAUCUCGAAGAAGGACUUCAUCAUGGUCAUUUACUGAAUCUGUUUUUCUACAUCUCAGAGAGAGUGAGUGUCGAUUCUGAGGGACUCUUUAAUUUACCGAAACACACACACAAAAACCAUUUUAAAGGUAGUAGGAGAAGAGGAUAGUUUUGAAUAUGGGGUUCCCUCGGUGUUUGCAAGUUUGGCGUAGCUUUGAGGAUAAGGUUGUAUCUAUUUCAAGUUAACAUCAGGACUAUCCGAGGACACCAAACAAUUUCUAAUAGUUCCUGGUGGGGAGUACACUUUGGAUCUAUAGUUCUGGUGUCCUCAUUUUUGACGUUUAUUUAACACUUAUAAACACUUAUAAACUUUUUGCAAUGGAGUGAUUUAUGUCUGCAGUGUUUGUGUUAGGAAUCUAGCUUUUAUAAUGUUAGCUUUUCAACUCAGGUACUUUUGCUUUGGGAUUUUUUUUUUUUCAAGAUUUCAAAAGUGGAAAGUAGUGUGAUAGAGUGUGCACAAAAAUAUUUUGCAUGUUUGUUUGGUUUGGGUUUUUUUUUUUUUUUGCCCGUGUGAAUUCUACUUUUUAGCCCAAUAAAACCUAAAAAAGGAUGAGCAAAUACA